AUGCUUCGUCGCAACCACAAGAUGCCACCACAUCGUCGUCGAUACUACGAUGAUGAAGGAUACCCGAGACCCCUCAAUCAAAGGGCCUGCAAGCCAAACACGGUGCAAAUAAUGAGUUGCUGUCGCUGCAAGAAAGAUAGCUACGCCAAGAAACAUUUGCGACACUGUCAUUACUGUUCCAGACCUCGCUGCGGAAAGUGCCUCUUCAUGGUUGCGGAACACAAAAAUAUCAUAUGGGAUCAUUCACGGUACGAAGAGGAUCAUCCUUAUGACAGCCAACCCGAAGCCUACGAUGAAGAGGAUGAUGUUGGUGACACCGGUGGGUGGGGUCAGAUCGCUGUUGAGACUCGCAAGGAAGAGGUGGUAUUAAUGGAUGACGGUGAUGACUCCAAUGGGUGGGGUCGAGCGGAAUCUCAAGAGGAAGAGAUCGAUGACGGAAAUGAGGGAAAUGAAGACACCAAAAAGGAGAAUGGGCCGACUAGAGACGAUGACGGGGACGUCGAGAUGACGGAGGCUGGUGAUAAUGUCAGGGAAGAAGACUCAAUCGUCGCGGUCAUAAACUUUCAUGAGGAAGAUCUCUACGAUGCAUGA